CCGUCUCCAACGUUAUCCUCCCAGGCUCUCCCCUGCUCAAAAAAAUUUCAAUAUAAGCCCUAGAAGCCCUCUCCAUCUCCAAACCGACCGAAGAAGCGAAAGCAAAAAAAUCAGAAGAAGAGAAAAUGGGGAAAGGGAGCAAAGAGAUGACUGUAGUCCAUGGUCUCGAUCUUAACAGAUACAUUGGAAGAUGGUAUGAAAUUGCUUCAAUACCUUCGUUUUUCCAACCCAGAGACGGUGUGAACACCCGUGCUACCUAUUCUCUCAAUGCUGAUGGAACCGUUCAUGUUCUUAAUGAGACAUGGAGCCAUGGAAAGAGGGAUUCUAUCGAGGGUUCUGCUUAUAAGGCAAAUCCUAACAACGAUGAGGCUAAGUUUAAGGUGAAAUUCUACGUCCCGCCCUUUUUCCCUAUCAUUCCUGUCACCGGCAACUAUUGGGUUCUCUUCCUUGAUCCGGAUUAUACUUAUGCGCUUAUUGGAGAGCCGGCUCGCAGUUAUCUCUGGAUACUGAGCAGGACAACUCAUAUUGAUGAUGAAUUAUAUAAUCAGUUAUUGGAGAAGGCAAAAGAAGAAGGCUAUGAUGUUAGUAAGUUACAUAAAACACCUCAGGCAGAUCCCCCUCCGGAGAGUGAUGAUGCAAGCCCAACGGACAAAAAGGGUAUUUGGUGGAUUAAGUCCUUAUUUGGUAAAUAAGAAAUAUGUAGGAAGUGCUAUUUCCGUUUGUGUAAUUUUAUGUGCAACUUUAAUUUCAUAAUUAUAUUCCAGCUUUAUAAAAUAAGAUUGAUGCUUUUGACGAUUGAGAA